AUGGCCGAGACGCAGCACCCCCUCCACCCGGACAUCCUCCUCCCCACGUUUGAGGCUCUCGGCCUCCGGCACGCGCUCCGCGCGGCGGCCGUCUGCUCCGCCUGGCGGCUCGCCGCGAGCGAGCUCCGCCGGAUGUGGACCGAGGUGAGGGUCGAAGGCGCGCGUGGCGUCGGCGGCAACGCGAUCCUCGGGCACUGCAGCCUCGGUGAGGCUGCGGGCGUGUGCGUCGCUCCCGACGGCAGCGUCUGGGUGAGCGACAGCCGGCACCGGCGCGUGGUAAACCUCUCGCAAGCGGAGCUCGGCUUUGUGCGCAGCGUCGGCUGCCCGGAUCACCCGCCCGUGCGCAGCGUGGAGGCGUGCUCGCCGCGGCGGCUGCGGGCGGACGCGCUGCACGUCUGCUGCCCGAUGGGCGCGGUGCGGGCCGUGGCGUGCGACGGCGGCUCGGCGGUGUAUGUCUGCGAGGUGGACCGUUCGCGCGUUCGGCGCAUCCGUCUCUCCGACGGGGCGGUGCUCGCCUCGACCAGCCCACUCUCGCUCUCGUGCCCGCAGAGCCUCGCGCUGGCCGCGGCGGACGAGGAAGGCGGCGCGCCGCGCGUGUACGUCGCCGACACGCAAAACGACCGCGUUCGCGUCUUUGACGGCGAGAAAGCCGAGCGCCGCCAUGCAUACAACUCUUCGCGAAGCAAGCCCAGGCCCCAGUCCUUUGCGCAGGAGCUGUUUGUGUGUGAGUACUACGAGUGCCGCGUCGCCGUGUUUUCGCUCGGCGGCGACUUUCUGCGCUCCUUUGGCGCGCCGGGUGGCACCGCGCCCGGUCGCUUUGCCGGGCCGAGUAGCGUCGCGGUCGGGGAGGGGCGCGGCGGGGACCUCCUCGCGGGGCUCGGCCAUCAGAGGCGGCUGCUCCCAUCGAGAGGCGAGCCGCGCUGCAUCACACUUCUCGGCGCGGCGGCCGACUCGGCCGCCGACGCUGAGUUGGACACCGCUGCCGCCGACGCGAUCGUGCAGCCGGCGCUCGAUCGGGCAACUGGCGCGGCUGCGGCGGCUGUACUCAGGGCGCCUGUCGGCGGCGGGGAGAGGCGCCGGCGCCGCUCUCCGGAGCCCCGCCUCUGGGGAAUUGCCGUCACGGCCGAGCGCGUCAUCGUGUCCACUUCGGGCGCGCUCUAUGAUAUGGCCACGGAAUGA